GCUACUUUAAGGAAGAAAGGGAUUUAUUUGAAAGGAUAUAGGGUAGAUGAACACCUAGGCCUCUGAAAGGAUCCAAACAAGGGCAGCUCAAAGGAUCCAGAGACAGGGGUCCUUUCAGAAUCUGUCCUGGGAUGGAUCGCCUCAACCAUGGACUCCGUUUGCUUUGCUGCUCUGAGAGAGAGUUGGAUUGGCCCAGCCCUUUUUGGUUCCAUGACCACCCCAGGACAGAGGGUGAAGAGCAUCAAAGGAUGUUCCCCUUGAGACUUAAUGCAGAGGUAGACAUUGGGUCCCCAAAGGAAGUAGCUAUUGUCACAAAAGAAGAGGGAGGAGAUGGUGUGGAAAAAACAACAGCUAUCUUCACUUGCAGAUGGGAGGGUUCCAGCUUGGCUGGUGAAAGGGCUUCCUUCUCCCGAGGGCUUCCUUCCCCCGAGAUCUGCCGGGGUUCCUUGGAUCUCAUCCAAAGUAUUGAAGAUGACCCCCUUCUGGACACCCAGCAUCUCCCACAUCACUCAUUACACGCUCAUUUUAGGCCCAGAUUCCAGGCUCUUCCUACAGUCAUCAUUGCAAAUCUUCUCUUGUUGAUACAUAUUGUGUUUGUUAUUUUAGCAUUUUUAACAGGUGUGCUUUGUUCUUACCCCAAUCCAAUUGAGGACAAGUGCCCAGGAAACUAUACCAACCCAUUGAAAGUUCAGACAGUCAUAAUCCUCGGAAAAGUUAUUUUGUGGAUUCUGCAUUUCCUCCUUGAACGAUACAUCCAGUAUCACCACAGCAAAGUAAGAAACCGAGGCUAUAACAAGAUCUACCGGUCAACAAGGCAUCUUAAAAGCCUUGCGCUGAUGAUACACUCCACUGGCAACACGGCGCUACUCUUCCUGCUCUGCCUGCAGCACUCCUUCCCCGAGCCCAGCGCGGUGUACCUGGACCUCAUUCUGGCCACCCUGGCCGUGGAGCUGGUCUGUUCCCUGACGUGCCUGCUCGUGUACACAGUGAAAAUUCGAAAAUUUAAUAAAGCCAAGCCACAGCCUGAUGUACUUGAAGAAGAAAAAAUCUAUGCUUACCCCAGCAAUAUUACCUCGGAGACUGGAUUCAGGACUCUCUCAAGCCUGGAAGAGAUUGUGGAGAAGCAAGGAGACAUCAUAGUGUACCUGAAGCGGCACAAUGCCCUGCUCAGCCAGCGUCUGCUGGCCUUCACGUCCUCUGACCUCAGCUCUCAGCCAAGUGGGAUUUGACAGCAAUUCCAGAGGAGCCAGAGUGAUUUAGACUGACCGGCUACCUGACAAGCUGUCUUAGGGAAAUGUAGCUUUGCCAAGUAACAUUCUACAAUUUCUGUUGGAAACCUGAAUUUGGUUCUCACCUGUGUGGCUGUUUAAUAAGUUGGACUCGCGGAUCAUUUGAAAGACACUUUGUAGCGCCUCGCGAACUCAAGGGGAAUGUCUGUUUUGCACAUUUUGAAAUUAUUUAACUGCCUGGUUUAUCCUAGGAUCAAAGGUAUAGAUUAAACAUCUCCUUGACCAGCACUUCUUCCAUACUUAUUGGGACCUGGUAAUAAUUUGGCUUUUUAUAGAGGAAGUCUAAAAUGACAACCUAUUUACAACUGGGCUUGAGUUUUUCCCACUUUUAUACUGGUGAGAGAAGUCAUCAUUUCUCGUGGUUAGUGUUUUUUCCCAUGGAGCCUUAUGUAUUUUAUAUGCUUGUGUGGUAUUGGAUAGCCUUGGCCCUUAUGGCUUUUAUAAGAAUUUCGUCACUGUAGGACCAAGGUCUCACUGGAUGAUUUACUUUGCAGCCCCUACAGGUUUCCAUUCUCCAGAAAUAAGAUUUGAAGAUUACUUGGACCAGCAUUAGACCGACCAGUGCUGCCUGUGAAAGCAGGAGAGCCUGCCAUUGGCAGCAGCUGAAAUAAUUAGAGAAGACUUCGGGCUUUCUCUUUAUUUUGGCCCUUCUUUGAGAGGUAGCCAUGUAUUUCAGUAUUGACUGUCUUUGGAUUAAUAAGUUCAGUGACAGGAAAGGGGUCUUCUGUAGCUUUAAGUUUGAAAGAAAAAAAGAAUAUGUUUUUUAGUCUUGGAUUAUACUUAAAAAUUAUGAUGAAAAAAAUGUCAUAUCAACAUAUAUAGAUAUUAAACAUAUCUAAUUCUCCAGAUAAAAUGAAGCAUAUUUAUGAGUAAAUGGCAUUGUUUCUCCA